AUGCCAUCGCUGUUUCUGAAGAUAUUUGUUGGGCUACUCUGCCUAGUCGCACACUCUCCUCUUGCUCAUGCUCAGAGCACCUAUAAAAUACCGAAAGAACGGCAAUCAAUACGCCCGAAAACCGGCCUGACCUACUGGCAAAACUGGGCAGUAAUUGGGAGCAAGUACUUUGCAUCGUCGGUCAUGGCAGUUGCCAUCGUUAGCGGAGCCUACCAAUGGGCUGAAUCUCACCACACGGAUUGUACGAUGGUUACUUAUAUCUCGAAUGGAUCCUCCAAGCGCUAUAAAGUACCAGUCAGAGGCAAGCAAUCUACCAAGGCAUUCCACGACCGGUAUCAGUGUGAUAAUGGAAAUGUGGGCGGUGUUUUUGAAGGGGACUUUGUCAACCAGGAAGAUUGUAUUGACAGUAUUUAUGUCGAUGCCAAAUUCCCAGGUGGGGUGGAGAGCGACAUGACUGAUGUCAUUUUUGGACACGCGACUUGUUCAUCUGGGCAGCGUUGA